CUCCUUUGUUUUUUCUCAUUCUUAAAACCAGUUUCAAUCUUGACUAAUUAUAGCUGUCGACAAGUUGCUUGAACAAUUGGAAUCGUCCUUCAUCAACCAUGAGUGAAAAAAGUAAGGAUGUUCCGAAUGGAGCAGCUUCCAACAUCGAGGAUGUCAAGAAGUAUAACCAAAAGGUUCACGAAGCUGCUGGCUCUGCGAAUCCUCCAAUGGAAGGAAAAGCAACCAAACCUCCAGUUCCAACCAAUAUACCAAGUAUUAGAGAGAAUACCACCUUCUCUUGGGAAGAUGUGGGAUCUUGGGCUAACAACAGUUCUCAAGAUAAAGCCAAAUCCUUACAGACAUUGAAGAAGAUUGAAAACUAUGUGCUUGAUCACUUUUAUGGUGACUGGUACUGGAAUACCUCAAUCAUAAUUGGAACAUGCUUUUUCUCCUGGUUGGUUGCUAGAAUUGGUUUAGGAUUCUUCUCCUUAUUGGCGGUGUUAUUGGCCGCCAAUUCUGUUUACCGGUCGGAAUUCAGAAGAUUCAACCGUGAUAUUAGAGAUGAUUUGACCAGAAUUCACGCGUCAACCCGAUUGGAAGAGGAAUUGGAAACUAUGGAAUGGUUGAACUCUUUCUUGGACAAGUUUUGGGUGAUCUAUAUGCCUGAAUUGUCGGAACAAGUCAAGUUCAUUGCUAAUGAGAUUUUAAAGGACCAAGCUCCUGGUAUGGGAAUUGAGAAGAUAUCCUUGGACGAAUUCACUUUAGGUUCUAAAGCCCCAAGAGUGAACAGCAUUAAAUCAUACACCAGAAAGGGUCAAGACCACAUCGAAAUGGACUGGGCCUUUUCGUUUGCCCCAAAUGAUACUGAUGACAUGACCAAGAACGAAAUCAAGAAAAAGAUCAAUCCCAAGGUUGCUUUGGGUGUUACCAUUGGUAAGGCAUUUAUUUCCAAAUCUCUUCCAAUCUUAGUUGAGGAUAUGUCCUUUGUCGGAAGAAUGAAUAUCAAGUUGAAAUUGACUGAAAAGUUUCCUCAUGUGAAGAUGGUUUCUGUUCAAUUCUUGGAAGCUCCAGAUAUCGAUUACUCCUUGAAGCCUGUUGGAGGUGACACUUUUGGUUUUGAUAUCAUGACGUUUAUUCCUGGUUUGUCUUCGUUUGUUAAAACAUUGAUACACUCUACCUUGGGCCCAAUGUUAUACGCUCCAAAUUCUUUGGAUGUUGAUGUUGAAGAAAUAAUGGAAGGUCAAUCCAAUGAUUCCAACGGAUGUGUGGCCGUGACUGUGAUCCGUUGUAAGAAAUUGAAGACUGGCCCAGACACAAAGGAAAACAGUAUCAAUCCUUAUGUUAGAAUCACCCUUUCGGGAAACCCUAAAAUCGAGGAGAAAACUAAGGUCAAAAAGGCGAUCAAUGAUCCCAUUUUCUUGGAAUCUAAGACUCUUUUGGUCAACAAGUUGGAUGGCAACUUUUUGACUUUUAAUGUAUAUGAUUUUGUCGAUGACAAGCCAAACGAUACUUUGAUUGGUUCCGUCGAAGUUCCUUUAGUAGACUUAUUACAAAAGGAAGUUCAGACCGGAUUGGUGAAAAAUAUUCUGGAAAGUGGUAAAACUGUUGGCCAGAUCGAAUUUGAUCUCAGAUAUUUCCCAACAUUAGAACCAAUCGUUUUGGAUGAUGGUUCUAAGGAAGAAAACAACGACUCGGAAAUCGGUAUCGUGAAAUUGAACUUGAUUAGUGCCACCAACUUGGAAUUAACAGACUCCCCUCUUGGAUUAUUGAAUCCAUAUGCGGAGAUAUACGUUGACGGUGAGUUGGCAAAGAGAUGCAGAAGAUUGAAAGGAACAAACAAUCCUACUUGGAAUGAAAGCUUUGAAUCUUUGAUCACUUCCCAGUCUGACACCCAAAUUGAGAUUCUUGUCAAAGACUCUGCCAACGAAGGAAUUGUAGCUAGACUUGAUGUUAACUUACAGGAUAUCAUUUUUGAGAGUUCAAGGGGCCAAAAAUGGAUCAAAUGCCCUCCUCUCAAGCAAGGUGGUAUUGUCCCAAGCAUUGAAGUGGUUGCUACUUGGAAAGCUUUGGGGAUCACCGAUGAGAAUGUUGUAAACGAAACCAGCUUUGGUUCAGCCAUUGGUGGAUUGAGAUUACAUAUUAGAGAGGCAAGUGACUUGAAAAAUCUCGAGGCUGUUGGUGAGGUGGAUCCUUACGUUAAAGUGGUUGUUAACGGUAAAUUGAAGACAAAAACGGUUACAAUUGCUGAAACCUGUGAUCCUAGAUAUGAUGCUGUUUACUUCUUGCCUAUUGAUAACGAACAUCAACAUUUGUUAUUGAGUAUUAUGGAUGCCGAACCAGAUGGCCAAGAUAGAGCCUUGGGUUCUUGUGCUGUCCAUGUCAAUGAUUUCAUCAAGAAGAAUGAAAAGGGCUAUUUCUUGGGCUAUGAUGGAUCGGAGGAAAUCAUCGAACAACCAGUUUUGUUUAACGGGCAAAAUAAGGGUUUCUUAACGUACUCCGUAUCGUUCAUCCCUACUAUUCCAAUUGUUACUCACAAACAGGCAUCACAUAAGAAAGAGUAUCAAAGAUAUUUGAAGAGGUUGGAAGAGGCAGAAGCUGCUAAGAAGAAGAAAGAGGAAGAAUUAGUCAAAGAUUAUCCUGAUAAAUUUGAAUUCAUCGAACUCGAUGAAAAGGAUGUUCCAGCUCCUCCUCGUGCUGAAAUGCCUUUAGAUGAUUUGAUUAAAUACAGAGCUGGUACUUUGUCUGUUAAUGUUUUGAAGGGCAGAUUUGAAAAACCAGAUUUGUAUCUUCAAACAUUGUUUGAUGACCUGGCUUUCCCUUCGGGUGUAACUCCAAGAAACGAAACAAGAAGUUUGCAAGUUUCUUCUAGUGCUGAAUCUUUCAUCAGAGACUUACCAAAUUCCAAUACCAUUUUCAGAGUGGCCAAGAGAUUCGAGGUAAAGAGUGAGAAGGAUGUUAUUGCAGAAAAGACUUUCAAUACUCUUUCUCUUUUGAAGCAAAGCUACAACAAACCAAUAGAUGUGAGAAUUGAUGAACAUAACACGGUUAAGAUUCAAUUGGAGUUUAUUCCAACUGCCGUGAAAUUGCAUCCAUUGGACACUGUGUUGGAUGUUGGAUACAUGCAAUUAGAUAUCUUGAGGGGUGAAAACCUUCCAGCCGUUGAUCUGAAUGGCAAAUCUGAUCCAAUGGCUAUUGUUAAAUUGGAUGGUGUUGAGGUUUACAAGACCGAUAAGAAGAGAAAGACCAUCUCGCCAGUAUGGAACGAAACCGCCAAUUUCCCUAUGGCCUCUAGGUCCAGACAAGUAUUAUUGGUGGAAGUAUAUGAUUGGGACUUGACUCAUGCACCUGAAUUAUUAGGUAGAGCUCUUCUUGACUUAUCUACCGUUGAACCUCACACUUCUACCCCAUUUAGUGCGAAGUUGGACACCAAGGGAGAGGUCUUCUUUAAAGUGACUUUCAAACCUGAAUACGUUAGACCUCCAAUUGGUUCUGCUGGUGGAUUCCCUAUCGAUUUGAAAGGUGUUGCCGGUAAUAUCGUUGGAGGAGCAGCUGGCGCAGUAGGAGCAGUCGGUGGAGGAGCUAUAGGAGCGGUUGGAGGAGGUGUUGGCUUAGCUGCUGAAGGAUUAGGUAAAGGUGGAUCAUUCAUUAAAGGUUUUGGAAAGCUGAAGAGAAAGAAGAAGCUUGUCGAUAACAACGACGCUUCGGAAAGUGCUAGUAUUGCCGACUCGAGUAGGACUGGUAAUGCUGACACCAGUAGGACCAGUAUCCCUGAUACUCCUACUCCAAAGGAUUCUAACCACUUAAGUGAUGAAACUUCAAGUACUGCCAUCAGUACGGCAAGUAGUCCAACCAAACUGAGAUCAAAUCAUGAACACUCAAGGUCUCAGUAUGCAAAUGACUUGCAAUCUUUGAGAUCCGGAAGCCAUCCUCCAGCACCUCCAAUAAAAAACGCUUUACCUAAUGUUUACACUGAUGGAUUACCUGCUCCACAAAGGCCAUUGGCUCCACUUGAAAGAUUGGAAACUCAAUCGAGUACUCCCGACUCAACUGUGGACAGCAGUUUUGCUAGCAGUAUUCAUGGAGCAAAUGCUAUUGCUGGUAGAUUGUUGAUUAUUGGUGCAUCUGGAUACUCUUCCAAGAGCUUGGAGGUCAAAGCAUUAUUGAAGACUCCAAGUAAAGAAAGAAAUCUUUUCAAGACUAGAGCUGCUAAAUUGGAUAAGAAAACAGGAUCUUUCCAAUGGUCUGAAUCUGCUCCAUUCCAAUGCGUCCCUGAGUCUCAAAUCAUUUUGGUAAUAAGAGAACAUCAUACUUUUGGUUCAAAUGAUGAGGUUGAUAGAUUCACUAUUGAUCUUUCUUCGUCCAUUGGAAAACAACAAGACCUCACUUUAACCGGUUCUAAAGGAACUUUGACUAUUAACUUGACUUACUAAAGGUCAAUAUGUUUAUAACACGUAACUGUACUUCAAUAAAAUUGUAUUCUUGUUAUG